AUGUCAAUCGGUGACGACAUCGAGGCAUGCCAUGAAGGCGACACCGACUCAUUCACCGAUUCGCAGUUCCUAUUCCGCGCCUAUCUGUUCCCGUUCACAUAUCUAUUUGGGAUCAUCUCGAACACUAUCAACAUCAUCGUGUUUUCGCAAAAGCCGAUGCGCUACCAACCUGUGAACUGGUUCUUCCUUGCAUUAAGCGUUUCGGACCUCAUGACGCUCGUCUCCUCAUUCUUUGUGUUCUCGGUUCCGGUGUACGCCGAGAAUUCGCACGAUGCCGUUCUCAUCGAGUAUUCGGUGCAUCUAAUUGUCCUAUUCUAUCCGCUCGCGCAAACAGGCCUCACCAUGUCGGUGUAUGUCACCAUAUUGGUGUCGGUUCAUCGCUAUCUGGGCGUGUGCCAUCCAUUUUUGAUCAGACGAAUAUCAAACUCAUCGGCUGUCAAGACGGUGAUUGUCGCGGCAGUUGCCUUCGCAUUCAGCUUCAACAUCAGCCGAUGGUUCGAGCUUCACGCACAACCAUGCUUUAGCAAAAAUUAUAAUCAAAAUUCCUCCAUGAUCUACCCCACUCCACUUAUGAUUAAUAAUAUCUAUACACUCGUUUAUCGAAACGCAGCUUACACGAUUAUCAUGUUCUUCUUGCCAUUCACUAUUUUGACAUACGUGAAUCUCCGAAUAAUAGCAACACUACAACAAUCAUACAAAAUGCGUCGAGAAAUGGCGAAUGUGCGUUCGAAGCGAGAUUCGACGGUUCCCGCGGAAACCAUUAUAACAAAACUCGAAGGAUAUGCACCAAUUACCUCAAUUGAAACAAACUGCAGCAAUAAUGAACGCAAAGAAAACGGAGUGACAAUCAUGCUAGUAGCCAUCACUACCGAGUUUCUUCUAUUCAAUCUUUUAGCAUUUGCAAAUAAUAUCAUCGAAUUAUCGAACAAACGGUUUUUCCAAGAAAUUGAAACGCUUCUUGUCGAGCUUUCCACCUUCUUGGUAAACGUAAAUGGUGCCUCAACGAUAAUUGUUUAUCUUAUAUUCGGUAGCAAGUAUAGGAAUGUAUUUAUCAGGCUUCUUCGCGUAUACCUCGGUAUCAAUUUGUGCAAAGGUGAUAAGCGAUCGAUGUACGCUUCACAAGCGCACUUUGAAACCACCCAAUUGCUUGAUAACACGUCAAGGUUAGAAAGAUAUAAGAGCUCCGUGAAGCGAACUGACAUGAGCUCAUUCCGCAACUCAUCGCGACGAGCUCGAACUCCAAUUUAA